CCGAGGAUCCCUGUGCCCGCCCCGCUCAGGCGGAGGGGAUGUGAGCUGGAGGGAUGCUCGGAGGCGUCUGUGACCUGUCCGGCGGCUCCUCUCCAAACCCCGCUGGGUUCAGUGUGUGCUGCCAACCGGGGUGCCCGGCAGCUGUGUCCCCUGGCCAGGGGGAGGUUACCCCCCCCCCGCCACGUCGAACAGCCUUGCAGUGACUCCAGUGUGAAGCAGUCCCUGGUGCCUGAGGAGUAAGGAGAUGAAGCCCACUUCUUUGGGAACUCUUGCUGAGCAGGUCCUGGAGUGUGCUGGCAGGCCCAGACCCCUGCUCCGGGUACUGUCUGUGCGUUGUCCCUCUGACAGGGACGAUUCCAGUCAUCACCGGGGUGGUCCAGGUCCCACCUGGAUAUAACUCUGGAGCAGGCUUGCGGGCAUCCCGCGGCUCUGCACAGCCACUCCCACGGGCAGCAUCAAGGGGCCCCGCGGCACCACGAUCCCGUUUGUCCUGAUUCCUGGGGUGGGAGGUGCAGAGGCCUGAAUGGCUGCUGUCGGGAUCAGCCAGGCGGUUUUUCAGCCUGGUGUGUCAAGUGCUCUCCUUUGCCGAGGGCUGAGGAUGAAUCCCAGGUGCACGUGCCAUUUGCGCGGCAGGACGCGCGUCACGACUGUCACCGGGAUAAUGGCUGGCAUCCCGCUCCACCUGCCAGUGUGCCGCCGGCACCCACGGCCGCCCUGCCCGUCGGGCUCUGCUCCACAGCCACAGGCAAACCCAGCAGGGCUCCGGGGGCCCAGCCAGGUGCCGGGGUGCCCAUUCUCCUGCUGGCAUGGAGACAUGGUCCCGGCGCAGCGCUGCCUUCGACUGCGUGCCCCAGCCGGCAGCCUGCUGCCCUGACUGGAUGGCAGAGCUCCCCGACGCCCUGCCCCUCUCCCGCCUCUCCAUCCCCGGCACCCACGACUCCCUCAGCCUGUUCGGCGGCCGGCGCCUGCGGUGCCAGAGCUGGGGCCUGGAGGCCCAGCUGGCGGCCGGUAUACGCUUCCUGGAUGUGCGCUGCAAGCUGUCGCGGGGCGAGCUCCGCAUCUACCACCUCUGCACCUUCCAGCGGGCCAGCCUGCGGGGCGUCCUGCGCCGCACCCUGCGCUUCCUCCGCGCCCACCCCGGCGAGGCCGUGCUUAUGCGCAUCAAGGAGGAGCUGCCCAUCUUCUCCCGGCCCGGCUUCGCUGCCCAGCUCCACCGCUGCCUGCUGGAAGAGGGACAGGGCUGCGUGUGGUGCCGGGAGGAAGUGCCGAUGCUGGGGCAGGUGCGCGGGAAGAUAGUGGUGCUAGAGGCGCUGGCGCGAGAGGUGCUGGGCAUCCCCUACGAGCAGCUGAGCAUCAGCGACGCCUGGAACGUGCUCUCACUGGAGGGCAAGUGGGCCCGGGUGCGGCGGCACCUGGAGAACGCGGCCGGUGGAGACCCCGCCACCAUGUACCUCACCUUCUGCUCCGGCAACGGGCUCUUCACCUGCCCCGAGGAGGUGGCCCGCUUUGUGAACCCCCGCUGCUGCCAGCACCUGCGGCGCCGGGCCGGGCAGCCCGUGCGCUGGGGGGUGGUCAUCAUGGAUUUCCCUGGCGCAGGCCUUCUCCGGCUCAUCGUGGAGAGUAACGGCCCGCGGGCCAAUGGACACGGCACGGCGGCCCCCGGCACCCCCACGGUACCGUGCCGACACCCCCGCGGCAGAGCGGACACGCCGCAGUCGGCACAGCUCUGCGCGCCGCCCGCGCCGCUGUCCCUCGGUCAGGACGCUGCUCCCGGCCCCGCGCCUCUGCCGAAGGACCUCAGUGCCUGGAGGGCAAAAGCGGCUUUCUAG